AGACUUUUUGUAGAGGCAGACCAUUGCGUCUACUACUCAUUGCAAUGGCAGUUUAAGGUAGUGAUACACUGCAGCUGUAUCAACCAUAAAAUAUCGCGUCCUAAUAUUUCAGGCUCCCGGUUUAAGAUUAAGGACAACCCAGUGUCUUCGUUGAAUAGAUUGCGUGUACAUAGAUAUUUCUCUUCACUGAAGACAUGACAGAAGAGAAGACUGCGACCGAAAUGGAAGGGGGUGCAAAUAAGGACAUUGUGGCAGAGGAAGCCGGUGAUGGAAAACCAGUGGAGACAAAACCAUUGAAUGGACCCGCAGAGAUGAAGGAGAACGGAGACACCAAACAAGCGACCGCGGAAAAAGUGUCCGAACCAGCUGCAGAGAAUGAGUUCGUGCCGCCUGAGGGAGGAUGGGGAUGGGUUGUCAUGUUGGCGGCUAUGUGGUGCAAUGGAUCAGUAUUCGGCAUCCAAAACGCAUUCGGUAUCUUGUUCGUGUACCUCCUCAAAGAGUUUGGAUCCGAACAGGACGAAGACCUCAAGUUCAGAACCUCAUGGGUGGGCUCCUUGUCUAUGGGCAUGAUCUUCUUCUGCUCCCCCAUCGUGAGUGUGGUGACGGACCAGCUGGGCUGCCGCAUCACGGCCAUCGGAGGGGCCGCCAUCGCUCUGGUCGGACUGCUGGCCAGCUCCUUUGUCAAGUCCCUGGGCCUCAUGUACUUCACCUACGGGGUGGUGUUUGCUUGCGGCUGCUCCUUCGCCUACCAGCCCAGCCUGGUGAUCCUGGGCCACUACUUUAAGAAGCGCCUGGGCCUCGUCAACGGCAUCGUCACCGCCGGCAGCAGCCUCUUCACCAUCACCCUGCCCUUCGUGCUCACCUACCUGCUGGACACGCUGCAACUGGGCCUGGCCAACACGCUGCGUCUGUUGAGCGUGCUGAUGUUCGUGCUGAUGCUGGCUGGCUUCACCUACCGGCCGCUGCUGCCCCCCAGCAGCAAGAGCAGCAGCAGCAAGGGCAUGAAGAAGAUCUUCAACGUCAACAUCUGGAAGUCGCUGGGAUACCGCAUCUGGGCGUUCGGCAUCCCCGCCUCGCUCUACGGAUACUACGUGCCCUACGUGCACCUGAUGAAGCAUGUGGAGGAGCGGUUCGGUGUGGAUGCCAAUAAGGAGGUGCUGCUCAUGUGUUUGGGGAUCACCUCCGCCGUGGGCCGCCUCAUCUUCGGACAGGUGGCCGACUACGUGCCCGGGCCCAACAAGGUCUUCCUGCAGGUGGCGUCGUUCCUGGUGAUCGGCCUGAUGUCCAUGAUGAUCCCGCUGUGCAACAUCUUCGGCGGCCUGAUCGCCGUGUGCCUGCUGAUGGGCCUGUUCGACGGCUGCUUCAUCUGCAUCAUGGCGCCCAUCGCCUUCGAGCUGGUGGGGGCGCAGGAUGUCUCCCAGGCCAUCGGCUUCCUGCUCGGCAUGAUGUCCGUGCCCAUGACCGUGGGCCCGCCCAUCGCAGGCUACCUGAGAGACAAGCUGGGGACCUACGACGUGGCAUUCUACCUGGCAGGCAUCCCUCCUCUGAUAGGGGGCGCCAUGCUGUGCUUCAUCCCCUGGGUGGAGCGUCGCAGGCGGGCUGCCGCCGCCGCCAAGCAGGGCGAGCAGCGCAUGCUGGAGGAGCAGAACGCCAGUGGGGACAAGAGGGUCGCCGACCCAGAGUCCGUUAUCUAAAAUGGUGCUUUGGUUUUUGUUUUGUGUUUUUUUGUAAUGGUCUGUCUAGGAAAUCGCACAUACACACAGACACACACACACACACACACGCACAAACACACACACAUGACCACACACACACAAGAAGGAAGAGAAUACUAAGGUCUUAAAUGUGUCUUACAAGAGUCUUAUGAAUUGCAACUAGCUUAUAUAUAUAUAUGCACAUGGAAUAUAUACUGUAUGUAUGUGUGUCUGUGUGAUUAUAUUGGGCGCCCCGCUGGAAAUGUUGUGCGCUGGGAAACAAUACACUUUUGGAAGAAACAUUAUUAUUAAUAAUUAUAAUUACAAUAUGGAGUGCAGUGCUCCAAGGGGCACUACUUAAUGUGCGAAUCUCAGACUUGUCCUAACUUUCGACACCUGGCUGUGCCCCUAGUUUAUACAUGAAUUGUGUGCGUGUGCACGCACAGACAAACAGACGGGGCAUUCUUAAAGAGCGAGAGCUGUAUGUUUUUACAGUAUAUAGAGCCAAGCAUGACUGAAAUCUGUGUUUACCAGUGUAUGCCUACUCAGUGUAUUGUUGAGAUUUGAGGGAGGGAAGUCUUCAAGUACCAAAAACAUAUCAAUUGAAAAAAAUGUAUGCAUUUUAUAAUAAGAUUGUGAUCUGUGGGAGCUGUAAGUCCAUUUUAUAUAUUUUUUUACAUUCGUCCCUCGGUCUUCUGGCAGUCGAGUGACCUUGAGGCUUAUUUUUGAGGCAGACACGAGGAAAACUUGAAUUACAUUCUUUUAUUCACAAGGGAAAUCAUUCAUUUUUUUUACCAAGGUGCUUCAAAAAUGUUUAUUGAGCGCUUAUCAGGGCCGUGGGAAUGGCAUGUCCUUGGCUAAGAUGAGAAGUAUCGGCCUUAAUGUUGGAUGGAGGUAGAUCAGGCUUUCACCAGCACUCGCCUCACUUUAUUCAGAUUCUAUUUUCAAAGACUUUUAGUUUCCCUAAAUGUCUUUUUUUUCUCUCGAUAAAGAAAUACUGCAUGCUUUUUUUUUUAAUUGACUAUUGAAAGUGUAGCCAAAGAAAUGUACAAGAUGAAUAUGUAUACUUAAAUAUAUUUUGUAAAUGUAUUUUUUCUUUCUUUUUUUUUUGCUUAUUCUUUUUUGUUUUGCUUCUUUUUGUUUAUUUUUUGUUUUUCAUACCGUUAUAUUCUGGCAAUUUAGUCUGUGGUAUUGAACGGCCAUGACGUUAAGAAGAUGAGUAGUAGUGUGAUUUGAGGAAUGAUAUUAUGCUGCUCCUCCAUCGGUCCCUAUGUUUCACGUCCCUUUUUAUAUACAUACGUGCAUAAUGCUGCAUCCUGCCAAGAUGAAUGUUAUUGCUGACUAAAUAGGAAAACGGAGACCAUAUCACUUCAGAGAAGUGUUUAAAGGAGAUUGGGGGGGAGGGUAUGUUUGUGUAUGUGUGGUGUGGUGUGGAGGGCGCGCUUUUUUGUAGUAAUUCAAACAUUUCUCGUAUUUUGCGUUCAAGCACAAUGGCGGAUGCAUUGGUGUAGUAUUGUAGUGUGUGUCCCGAAGGGAUUUCGUAUCUCAACAAAACUGGAAGUGUUGCCUCUCUUUCCUCAGGAGAGCCUUCCUGGGCCAAAUGACAAUCUCGUUGCACAACUUAUAGUAAUGUGUCUGGUGCUUAGGAGGACAAAUCACUCACGUCACUCUUCUGGAGUGAUGGGCAGCCUGGGUUCAGGUGCUACAACCAGAAUCCAGUGCUGACUAUUCCAAAUGACCUGGUUUACCUGACAAAUUGUUUUAAAAGAAAGUAAAACCAAUUAAUUUGGAAUAUAUGACACUGAAUUUUGGCCUCUGAAUCUAGGUGGCCCAUCGCUGCCCUUCUGUGCACUGGUACUGUCACUGCUUCAGUGACGGUAUCUACCCAAUGCUGGUGUGGCAUGAUACUGCUACUGUGUUGCCAUUAUUUCCAUGUGCCGACUGCUAAAGUCCUAUUUCCUGAAUAUGCAAGAUGAAUAGUAGUAUACACGUAUAUUAGGGGUUCAUUUCAGGAAGUUAAGAGAUGAAAUGUAUUUGUUUUUCAGUAUAUACUUGUUCCCCAAACCUGUUUUGUUUGGUUUUAAGUGAUAAUGACAUCAUUGCAAGUCAUCUCAGUGUUCACACAGUUCAAAUGAAAUGGUAUCUUAUCGUCUGCUGGUGCCAUAAGAAAUUUUUAGUUUAUAGCCAUAUGGUAGAGAAUCACCACAUUGACAGAUCUUUACCCCCAUUAGUCUUUUGGUUUUAUAUUUCGGUCUCAUCCCAAAUAUGGUGUUCAAAUUAGUAACGUAUAUUGACAUAUUCUUUAUCUUCAGUAGUCUUUAGAAAUAUUUAUGUCUGUUUAUGUGUGUAUGCCACAUGCCAAUGAUUUAGUGAUGCCAACAAGACAUUGUUAAUUUUUCUGAAUAGUUUCUACCUGUGAAUGAUAUUUAAUAUACAAUGCAUAUGUUAUGUAGGGGAUGAUCUUUUUGUGUUAUACGACAUACAAUGUAUAUGCAAUGAAUUCAUGACUUUUAGGUUUUUUUUUUUUUUUUUUUUUAAAUCUAGUCGUUGCAUAACAAGCACAUGAAGGAAAAUGUAUUGCGCAUAUGUUAAGAUUUCAAUCAUCUACGCAUCACCAAUGACUUUUGUCCUCUUCACUAAGGGCAGUAUCCCUGAUCCUCUUGCAAUGACUAUAGGAUGACAGUCAUUUUGUUUAGCCAAAUUCAGACAUUGGUUUCUUUUUUCUUAAAAAUUCAGGACAGAUUUAUAAUACAGUCUACCUCAAUUUGAUGUGAUUUUCCUGAUAAGGGACGUGUAACCACACACCUGGUGUCCUCUUCACUUGGCAUGACUGACCACUAAUGGUGUGUUGUUCACACAGCUGUCCUUUCCAUGGUGACACGCACACUUGCAAGUUGUUUUAAAGGACAUCUUGCGAGUUGUUGCAGUCAUUCUUAUUUCUCUGCAGGCUUAGUCUGCUUCAUAAUAAAUAAAUGUUUUACACACGUCUGUAAAAGGUUUGCGUAAUCUCACUACUCUGGCAAUUUUACUUGACUUAAGGUUCCACUGACUUUCCGUUGUUGUCUCGGAUGUUAAAACUUCAACCACAAUAAUUGACCACAAUUUCCAAGUUUAGAAUGUGAAUUAUUGUGUGAUAUAUUUCAGUUUUAGCCAGUGCAGAAACAAAUUAGAAACAUUUUCUGUUGUUUGUCGUUUUGUUUUUGUUUUUGCUCUGUUGUGUGAAUCAAAAAUUGAGAUGCACACUCAACACAUUUUUGUCCACUUUUUAAAAAGUAUUAGAACUGACGUCCAUUUUCAGUAUUUAUGCAAUAUGAAUAUCAUCAGCACCACAGUGUACCUUAUUCGUGUCUUUAUAAUGUAUAGUAGUGUUAAGCCUGUCAGUCAGAUAUUAAUUGGGUUGAAUGCCUUGUAUUUAUUCAUGAUCCCAAAUAUGCAAGUGGUCAUUCAGAAUUUAAAAAAAAAAAAGUGUUAAAAUUGAUCUUGGGACAGUUGUCACUAAAUAAGUCUAUGAUGUUAUUCUGAGAAAGAAAGAGUAGAUGGACGUGCAUAGCUUCAUUCUUUGACAUUUGUUAGAUGGUUGGAUGAUGGAUGAUCUUUUUUUUUAUUUUUAAAUGUAUAUCACAUGUUGAUUACAGGAAAAGAAAACAGUAAUAACAUGUAAAGAAGUAUGGAGAAUAUUUUUGAAUAAAAGAAUUGUUAUACUGGAAAA